AUGUUACUUUUGCUUGGUUGGGAGAUUGGAGUUUUAGAAGCAGUUAUUCUCGUUGUCGUUGUUGGCCUCUCAUUUGAUUAUACACUCCAUUUUGGGGCUACAAUGCCGUCUAAAGUUUGUCCAAAACAUGCUUUACAAAUGGCAAUUCGUGGAGCAAUUAGGCCUAUUUUAAUGUCAACUGUCUCGAGUAUUCUUGCCGGUGCUGUGAUGCUUUUUGCUGAGACACAUGCGUUUUUUCAAGUCGGAAUUUUCCUUGUUGUUUGCAGUUCGUUAAGGUUUUCUCGAAUUUAUUUAAAAAAUAAAUUUAAAAAAUUUAUUUUUAGCCUUCUUUUUGCAAUUUUCUUCUUUCUUCCUCUCUUUUACGUCAUAACAACCUGGAUAUCAAAAUUAUAUAAAUAUUUUUUAUCAAUAACAAACAACGAAAAUUCAACAAUAAAAAUUCAUAAAAUUCAAAAUUGUGAAUGGUGCUUUAUUUCACAACAAACGAAAAAUGAUCUUAAAAUGAAAAAAUUUAAUAAAAAUGAGAAUAGAAAUAAUAUUAGUAUCAGUAAAAACAAUAGGAGAUUAAGAGGAGGAAUAAUUGUUGAAACAAAUGAAAGAGGAAUGAAAAUAGCAGGUAAGAGUAAAAUUUCAGAAAUGUUUGUUUAA